AUGCUUAGCAACGCCGAAGAGACGCUCACAACCGACGACAAGCCAGCAACUAUCGGAGCACUGAGCGACCGCGACGCUGCCAGCGUUCCCAUCACAGAACAAACGAAUGACUCGCCACCGGGGGAGGACAUGGACGAGGAUACCCCACCUUUAGCCAUCGACACGGACACCAUAGAAGACGGAGCCUACAACGGAGCCUGUUGGAAGGUGGUCCGCAACAAGCGACGCGCCCGAAACGCUGCAGCCCACGAAACGGCGUCGCUCCGUCAGAACGCCUCUGAACACCCUUCCGCCGAGCCCAAGCAGAGCGGGCCAAAGCGCCUGCCUCCUCUUCCCCUCCGAGAUGAAAAAGUUAUCGUCCGGCCUCUCGGAGGCCUCAGAUUGGAUAAAUGGCCCAGACCAACGUUGGCCACCGCGCUUUGGACAGCGGCCGGAAGCCUGGGUGAAAAAGCCAUCGAAGAUGAACAGCGACAACUGAAGGCCUCCACCAAUGCGGAUCCUCCAUCAGCGACAACCCCUGCUUCUGGAACAUCAUUCAAGAAAGCUGGCCGGUCUCGUUCGAAGACGCCGUCCAGAUCCCGCCCCAAGGCUCGGGUAAACUCCAAAUCUCGUUCCCGAUCCCGCUACCAGUCGUCCUCCGCCCGCAACCAGGUGAAGCGUCAGACUACCUCGGCGUCUGAGGCAUCCCCGCAGCCUUACAAGAAGGCACUACUAAACAAGCUGGCAACUUCAGCAGCUACCCCGGACCGUCAGCAGGCCCGGGCCCCGGAGAACACCAAUGCCAAGGCGGCACCUCGGGAGCGCACCCCUGCCGGCUUCCAAAUCCGCGCGUCCCCAGCCACCCCUUACAGGUGCAAGAAGAUCGCAGCCAUACUCACGCCCGGCGGCUUCCUCUUUUGA